AUGGCAAAGAACCACCGUUCUUGCAUCUUGGAGAUCAAUCUAAACCAGCCAGCGGCCUUUGAUGAAGAGGAGAACGCCGGCGUAAACAUAGCGGCGGCGGAGGUGGUGGCUUCGGUUGUCAACUCUUGCCAAGUUAGCAUGGUUAGAGAUGAAAUCCAUUCCAAUCAUCAACAUCAUGGUGGGAUUUUGGAAAAUCCUCCAAGGAUGAGGAGGACACCCCGAAAAGAUGUUUGGGCCGAUGAAUGUUCAAAGCCCAACCACAUUGACCCAAAGGAAUCAACUUAUGGGGAGGAAAAUCCUGACAAGGAAGCUAGGCCCGCCGUAGGAAAUGGGCCGCCGCCACUGGAUAUUGUGGAUGAAAUCACCAGAGAAGGAAUUGGAAAUGCACCAGCCGUGGUGGCGGUAGGGGCAGCGGCGCUGCCAGGUGUUGAGCUUAGGAGAAGCGUGAGGCAGACGUGGUUGCUGGUUAGAUUUGUGGACUUGGUACUCCUAGAGCCACUGCCUUCAGUAUCUCAAACCCAACCAUUCCGAUAUUUACCGGAGCUUCGUCCUCUACGUGGGCCUAGAAAGUCAAGAUAA